GGGAAAUUUGAAUUUAUAUUCAUUAAUUGUUUUAUUUAAUCUUAUUUUAACUUGACUAUCAAUUGAAUAUUGCUUCUUUACUUAUUAUUGAAUAUCAAUUGCGAUAAUGUACCAAAAGAAAUCUUUACAAUAUAAUCAGAAAAAUCAAUACAUUUCUAUCUUUUUGGCCUCCAUCUUUGAUGCGUCACGGGAGGCCAUAUUGAAUAAUUGAAAUUUUAUAACUUUACAGCUUAUUACAUAUCAAAACUCGAUUGAAUUAAUUUUGCUUAUACAAUCUGAUAUUAUUUAAAAAGAAAUCGAAAUAACAUAACAUCUCCUUAGCAAGAAAUUUCGUUAUUUAUGACCUGGAUAUUUCGAUCACAGCACCAUCUAGUGUGCUUGUUUAGAAUUCAUUAAGUAUUCCAGCGCGCUUUAUAUGCGUAGAGAGAUUUUGGUGAAUAUUGAAGAAUAACUGGAUGUAAUUUGUGAAUUUAUCCUGGGAACUAUAUUUUAAAGUCUGCACAUCUAAAAUUCGUAUAAAUUUGUGAAAAGUGAUUUGAAUUUCGACUUCUAGUAAAAUUAUAGUUGCAAGUUGUCAUGGCGGAUUAAUCGUCGACCAAUAGGAUCGCUGGAAGCUUCGGUUGUUAGGUGUUCUUUUUCACUUUGCAAUACGCGUCAGUUAUCUAUUUUGUACAUGCUUUGUUAGAAAUAUGUGAUUUGGACAUCAAAUUGUUUCAAGAGGAUUAUACCUAUGCAAGAUGAGGAGACUUCGUGAACCGCUGUUGUGAAAUAAUAAACAAUUAUGAAUUCUGUGUUGAUCACGUGACGUAGCCAUAGUUAUAUGGCGAGAACAUCGUAACAGCGACCAUGAAUCGUUCCAAGUGAAAUUUGACAUUCGAGUUUGUAUACAAGUUUGUUUUUGUAAUCUACCACGUGUACUAUAUCCAAUAAUAAUUGACAGAUCAUUAAAAGAAUGUCAACAAGGGGUAUGAAGAAAAGGGGGCGGCCCCCUAAAGUCCAAGUAGCAGAAAGACCCCGUAAAUUUCAGAUACAUUUGCUUAAAAAACCAAAAUAUCUUUUAAAUUAUAGUAAAGGAUCAGAAUCUCAAGUAAGUACACCAAAUGCUUCUAGAGCUUCUUCUCCACAAGAAAGUGAAGCCAGUAGAAGAAGCAGUAAUAGAAUUAGAAGGAAAGAUGGGUUUAGAAGUAAAAAAGGAGGAUUUUCUGGUUCAGCAUAUCAAAGGAGAGGAUAUAAUACAACAAAUGAAUACAAUGACACAGAUUACCAUUAUGGUUCAGAUUUUGGUGAUGACUCCAGUGAUAAAAGUGAAAUUGAAGAUGAAAUUGGUGUUAGUAAUAGUGAUUCAGAAGACUCAGUUGGUGACCCAUCAAGUGACAGUGAUUUUUCCCUUAGUAGUUUUAGUACAACUGGUGGUACAACAAGAAGGACUCUUUCAGGUGCUCCAAGGCCACCAACACCGGAACCUUUAUGGUUGCAAAAUAAAGAGUUACCGCAGUUGGUUCUACCAAAAUCAUCAGAUGAUUUAUUAAUACCAAAAGAUAAAGUGAUGACAGCAUUAAGUGUAUAUGAAGUUUUGAGGCAUUUCAGGAAUUUGGUACGACUUUCACCAUUCAGGUUUGAAGAUUUUUGUUCUGCUUUAGUAUGUGAAGACCAAAGUAGCUUACUAUCAGAGAUUCACAUUAUGUUGUUGAAGGCGUUGCUGAGAGAAGAGGAUUCACAGCAGACACAUUUCGGACCCCUAGAUCAAAAGGACAGUGUAAAUGUUUCUUUGUUUUUGAUAGACUAUAUAACAUACCCUGAAGUGUUACGGGCCUAUGUAGAAAGUGAUAAAACCUUUGAUCAAAAUGUUUUGAGCAUCUUAACUAAUACAGAUUAUCCAUACACAACUCUAGACGACAGAUUGAAGAUUCUACAGUUCUUGACUGAUCAGUUUCUAACCACAAAUCCAGUAAGGGAUGAUCUUUUGAGUGAAGUUCCUAUGCACUAUGAUGACCAUUGUCGGGUUUGUCAUAAACUGGGUGACUUGUUGUGCUGUGAAACUUGUCCAGCAGUUUACCAUCUUGAGUGUGUGGAUCCUCCAUUGGUCAAUGUACCCGAGGAAGACUGGCAGUGUGGUAUUUGCCGAUCGCAUAAGGUGUCGGGAGUUGUGGACUGCGUUUUGGAUGCAGAGAAACAAGGUCAACUUUCACGUCAAGAGCCAUUUGGCUAUGACAGACACGGAAGGAAAUACUACUUCUUAUGCAGAAGGGUUAUUGUCGAAAAUGAUGAAGGGGAGAUAUGGUAUUACACAACUCCAACGCAGUUUGAACAGUUGACAAAAAUAUUGGAUUCGAAAGACAUGGAAGCUUCUCUGUGCAGGGAGUUGAAUGAUUUUAAAGAUGAAAUCAUCAGGCAGAUGGAGCUCACUGAAAAACUGACUAAUCAGUAUAAAGGCAACAGAAAGACUUAUUUGGAGGCUGAAAAUGCGCUGAUCGUUAAAGCCCUCAAAGAAAAAGAGGAAAAACUAGAGGCUGAGAGGAAAGAAAAGGAGCGUCAGAACGCCGAAGAUAUGGUGGCUAAAAUGCACGAAGAGGUGUCCCCCUCGGAAGUAGUCAUCGAAAGCACACAAGCCCCCGUUCCCAUGGAAAUCGAAACUGCUAACAACAGCGUGCAGGACAUAUUGGAGAACGAUAAAUCCUUGUAUAAAAACUCGAAGGAAAAUGACGAAGACAAGGAUAUCGUAACGACCAGAUCAAAGACCGGAUCGUUGACACCAAGAAUGUUCAACAUAGAGGAACUGAGGAGGAGGAACACCGCCAUAUUGAACAGAGACGACGUCGAUAAAUCGGACGACGUCUCCAGAAUGACGCGUUUGAAAUCGUCCCAAAUCGCCAACGGCACCUACCUCUACAAGUUGGGGAUGGAAAACACUUUCCGAAGUUACGUAAACCAGUUCACCACCAACAUCAUAGCCUUGAACAAGCCCCAGAGGAACGAGGAAAGGGACAAGAAGCGUCAUCUCUCCCACAAGUUCUCCCUGACGACAGCUUCGGAGUUCAAGUGGAUGGGUGGCCUAAGCGGCAGCAAAACCGUGCUGACCACCACCCUGAAACAGACGAUUUUGCAGCUGGAGCAGGCCAUACCGUCCAGUUUCAUGCACCCCAACUGGCACAUGCUCAAGAAACACUGGCUGGGCAUCAUCGGCAACUGCCAGCAGGCCAGGGACUUCGCCAAGGCCCUCAUAGUCCUGCAGGCCUGCAUAAAACCGGUGGUGUUCGCUAACGUGUGGCACGAACAGCUCGGCCACAUCAAGCUGUCGAGGUUGACGGCCCAAGAGCGGGAGGAACGCAAGAAGAUCGAGAAACGGGAGAAGAAGGAGAGGGACGAAGAAGAGGAGAGGAACAGGAUGAUCGUAACCGGUUACGUGAAGUACACGAUGAGCUUCAAGCAUCAGCUGUGGAAGCAGAAGGGAGAGGAGUACCGUAUCCACGGCAGAUGGGGCUGGUUGUGGAAUUCUUCGUGCAGGGUGUUGAGACAUAUCAAUUGUAACGAGUUGGGCUUGGCGUCCGGUCCUCAGAAGCACGUGGUCAAGUUGAAGGACGUUUCCGGGGUCGUUAAGGUUGUGAAUUUGAAGGCCAACACGUACAAACAUAUGUUGGAGGGAUUUGAGAGGGUCAAAAGUGGUGAUGAUAAUGAGGAGCUCGAAGCCCUGAAAAAGAUGUCCCUGGUUCCUACACCCGAAAAGUUCGAAUCUAUCGAUGUCUCGAAAGCUCUGAGCAGUAACGCUCGCGUAAUAUAUCCGAAAGUGGCGCAAAAAUCAAAGUUGGACAAUCUUUUGGCUAGAAGAAUCCAAUUGAAGGAAAUCGAAGAAAAGAGGAUACUUCAGAACAAGAACGAAGAAAGUAUAAAAGACGAAGAGGCCAUGGAUAUUGAAGAUGACAAUGAUGGUGUGCAAGAGGGAGGUGUAGACAAGCAGUUGACGAAUAUGAUGACCGGUAAAGUUGUCUUGAGCAGUAACACCCCUUCUACUCCAGCUAACAAGGAGAUGUUGAACAAUAUCGCUAAGAAGAUACAUGCGUUGAGGCUGCAGUAUACUACGAUUUCAAAAUUGGCUAAAGAUUUCCAGUGCUAUUCUAAAGGCUGUAACUCAAGCAACUCGACAAAUAGCAUCGAAACCACAUGCUAUUCCCCCCUGUGCAUUCAAAGAAUAAAAGUCAGAAAAGAAUUACUGUCGCUUCUGAAAAAAGCUAAUAUAGCUGCAAAUACCCCAAAUAAACCGCUAUUAACCCCAUUGAAAAAACAUUCAAUACUGGAACAGACCCUGAAAACUCCCAUCGUUAAAAAGGAAGAACAACCAUCCAAUGAGAAUUUACAUAAAGAUUUGAUGAUGUCGAUCCAACAAGGUGUCAAGUACGACGACGACAGUUCAGAUGUAUUCACUCCCUUCCUAGGACCGAAAAAGGAGGUUAAGGAGGAAGAAGAUGUGAUAAUGAAGGACGAAACUGACAGGGAAGAGAAUAAAGUGGAGUUCGAAGACUUGGAUAUAGAAUCCAUGCCACCGCCCGAAAAGAAAUUGAAAAUCUUGGAACCCCGACAGCCCGGUGAUGGAAAUGAUAAUGGGAAGCUAAGAACACCAGAGUCCCUUGGAGGAUACUCGUCCAGACUGCCGUAUCAGAACCGCCGUUUUUGCAAUCAGAGACCCCUGCACAAAAGGGAGGAGACUAAGGUCAAGGCCGAAAAAGCCGAAGAUGGAACCGACAGAGUUUAUUCGGCAGUGGCAACGGCCGGUAAGAUAUACCUGAAGAAACUUCCCAAUAAUACCGAGGUGAAGAAGAAGAGGAGGCUGAACAUCAGAUACCCUGUGUGCUCUACCUUUCAAGCGAAGAGCGGAAUCGAUUCCAUUUUGGUUCUGGCCAAACACGAGGGUAGGAAAUUGGCCAGAAACGCAGGAAGGGUGUACAUAAACGGUUUUAACACGCUGGCCAAGCAGAACCAAGCCGUUUGGCCUUAUCCCUGCGGAAGGCCGUUGUUUAAGACUUGCUGGAUUUACAGAACUGUGAAUCUCAAGUCCUUGUCAGCAGCAGCACUCCAGUUAAAAAUCUUGUGGGUGUGCCUGAGGUGGGACGAUAUGCAGACCAAACCGCCCACCACUGAUGGAAAACAUCAGAUAACCACAGAAACGGAAAUAUUGACGCUUGAACUACUGAAACACAGAUAUAUCGGUCAGUUCAUGGAGAGAACCCAGUAUCUAAGGAGAAAAGUGGUAAUUCCACUGGAACUUCCCAAGACAAUCAGAGAAGUCACUUCUAUAAGAAGCGGACUGAGAAAGAGAAAGAGACCCGAAUCACCUCAAAGCACCAACCCUCAAGUCUCGGAGGAAUGGGUGGAUGAAGAAAAACUCGAAUUGUGGGAAAUCAAGUUGUACGGAGAUAAGCUUGAAAAGGCUAACGCUCAGGUUAUAACCAGGAGCAGAACCGGAAACUUGCCCCCAGCCAGAACGAUAAUAGAUCCGUCAGACACUCCGAAUAAGAUCAUAGCGGGCAAGCCGACUCCUGAGGAGAUCAAGGAGAAGAUGGAGCAGCAACUCAGGCUUCAGAGGGCUGCCCACCAACAGAAACGAGCUCAGGAGGGCAAGAAUCCAGGUGGACACAUUCUGAAGAUGGUUGGAACUACUCCAGCUGCCACUUCUACAACCUCAACUAUUAAAACUACCGCUACAAGUACUAGUAGUAACACCCCAAUUCAACCCAAAGAUGGCCAAAUGAAGAUAGUGAAGAACAUCGUCCUUCCCAACCAGUCUGUCAUCACAGGCAAGAACACCCUGACAUCUCUACUCACAUCCAACAGCAAACACCUAGCCGGAAGGCGAAUUCUCAUGACAAAAGCUCCCGAUGGCACAACAAGAAUGAUAACCAGUCCGAGUGUUGGACCCAAGGGUCUGCACAACAGCCAACAGGGCCUCAUCAAGGUGCAGACUUCUAGCGGACAACAGAUUCAGACUGUUCAAAUUCAGCAACCUGCAGCAGCCAGCACGCCGGUUCUGAAACAACCCGAACAGCCUCAGAAGGUUCAGAUCACCAGAACGUCGGAUGGUAAACUAACCGUAAAGGGCCUCCUGCCCGGUCAGCAACUCAUUCAGUACCCUGACGGAAAGCUUCAGGUUAUUUCGGGAGGUGUUGUUCAACAGCAGGCUGCCAAAACGCCGGGAACACCUGUAGUCACCAAACAGAUCAUUAAAUCCAAUGUGUCAACUCCCGUAGGUAAGGUGGUGGUGCAGGGUAAUCAGGUGAAGCUUCCCGUGCCUCAGAGCCCCAAGACUACCCAGCAGGUCUUCAUCAAGCAGCAGUUGACGCCGGCACAGGUGACGCCGAAGGUCCAGAAUCAGGUCGUUGUCAGCGGUAAUCAGGUCAUACAGCAGCAAGUGGUGGUUAGCGGUAACCAGGUGAUUGGCACCCCUGUGGCCCAGCAACAGGUGGUGACAAAUCAGAUUAUGAUAAACAAUCAAAACCUGGCGCAACAGUUAGCCACCGGAAAGCUCCAAGUGGCAACGAUCAACGGGCAGCAGGUGUUGAUAAGACCUACCGGUAACAACCAGGCUCAAGUCGUCGCACAGUUGAGCGUUUCUCAAGGAAACGUACAACAGAACGUUGUCAACUCCACGCCCACUCUUACUAGUCAGGUCGCCACGCCGAUCAAGCAGAUAGUGCAGCAGCAGCAGCAGCAACAACCACCUCAAACCCCGACCUUGCAACAGGUUGUGCAACAGCCCGCCCAAACCCCAGUAGCGACCCCCGCUAAAUCUUCGGACAAUCAGAUAGACCCGGCAACAAUGGAGCAGCUACUAGUCGGGCAACCGCCUGGCACCGUUAUAAAAUGCGUUACUGCCCAAGUGAUUCAGACUCAGCAAGGACCUCGAAUAGUUCUGCAAGGUUUACAAGGCUCAGAUUUCACGCAGUCGCAGUUGGCCGCGGUUCAGCAGCAGGUUAAGCAGCAGCUCUUGAAAGCACAAGCUUCAACUGGUAAACAAGGAGUGCUAGGACCGACCAAAAUAUACCUGGCUGUUCAACCAAGCAAUCCGGAUUGUGGCAACGCGACCAAUUCUCAACCGCCACCACUCGCUCCGGUUCAACAGAACAUUCAGCCGAAACUAACAUCACAACCUCCACCGUUGAGUCCGAAGAAGCCGCAGCAUUUACUGCAGCAGCUGCAACAACAGCCUACUGAACAGCGUCAGUUGAUAGUCAACGGUCAACAAUUGGUACAAACCCCAACCGUUGUGCAAACAGUCAGAGGUUCUGCUGCACCUUCUAACAAUGCUGUCGCAGCCGUCGGCCAGCAGCAAGAUGCAGCAGCCACCAAUAAAACAGCAUCCGCUGAUUCGACCAGCACGACCCAGGAACAGAACAAACAGUUCAUUGUGACUCCCGAUUACAUCCAGCAAACUAUUAAGAGCGCCCUAAAACAAGAGAACCUGAAUCCAGAAAUCGAAGAGAAACUGCUUCAACUGCAAAGGUAUCAAGAGCGUCAAAUGAAGCAGGAACCAGAUGUUCCUAUACCAGUUACAAGAGUUCAACCGCCACCAGCACCAGCUCCAGUCACACCAAUCAUAAACCGAUUACCUACCACGACACGUAAAAGACCACUGAGUGGUUCUAGGCAUGACGAUGCGGAUUGGGUGAUGGAAACUCCAAAAAGAAGCAGAUCCAGAACUGUAGAACACAAGAAAAUCGAGGAACCAGAAAUUGAACACCCACGAGAGAAGGCUAUAUCGCCCAGAACUAGGGUGAAAUUGAAGGAAAACCUUCAAAGCGAAGAUAAGAAAGCUCUGAUAAAGCCGAAAGUAAUGGCAAGCUUAUUCCGACAUAAAGAGCUGUUGAAGAAGGACAUACUGAGGAAACGAGCUCUACUAGAAAGGGAACUGCAGUGCGAAAUACAAAAGGAAGUAGCGGAUGAGCUAGCGGCAAGGACGAAAUUAGAAAGGACUAAACAGGACGAAGUGCGAACUGGUAGUAGCAAACGUAAGGCUGCUGCUCAACCUACGACUACUUUAGUUCAGCCUCAAACUCCCAGAACGGGCAGGAGUGCUGCUAAGCAGAAAACAACCCCUCAACCGACCACACCGCAAAAUAACCAGAAGCAGCAGACUCAACAACACGUAUCACCUACGCCCAACAUACCUAACCAGCCAAGGAGCAACAGUUCCUCGAAAAAGGAAAAGCUGUAUUGUCUUUGUCGAACCCCCUACGACGAAACCAAGUUUUACGUUGGUUGUGACCUGUGCAAUAAUUGGUUCCAUGGAGAUUGUGUUGGUAUAACUGAAGAGAGCAGUAAGACUUUGACCGAGUUUAUAUGCCAGGAAUGUAAACAGGCCAGUGACACCCAGAAGUUGUAUUGUCUAUGCCAACAGCCCUACGAUAAUUCACAGUUCUACAUAUGCUGCGAUAGUUGUCAGGAUUGGUUCCACGGAAGAUGUGUUGGCAUUCUGCAGUCCGAAGCCGACAACAUAGACGAGUACGUUUGUCCCAGGUGUCAAACGAACUCCCAGGUCAACUAUGCCAAUAUGAAAGACUUGACUCAGAAGGAUUACGAUGGGUUGAAGAAGUUGAUAAAACAGUUACAGAUGCAUAAGAGUGCUUGGCCGUUCAUGGAACCUGUUGAUCCAAACGAGGCACCGGAUUAUUAUAAAGUGAUCAAGGAGCCCAUGGAUCUGCAGAAAGUUGAGCAUAAAAUAAACGAUCACACUUAUACCAAGUUGAGCGACUUCAUAGGGGAUAUGACAAAGAUUUUCGAUAAUUGUCGUUACUACAACCCGAAAGAGUCUCCGUUUUACAAAUGCGCAGAGACCUUAGAGGCAUAUUUUGUAAAUAAGAUAAAAUGCUUUAGGGAUAAACUUUAUGAGACUAACAAAUAAGAGAAUAGUUCAUAAAUAGUUGAAAAUACAUUUUAUAAUUUUAAUGUAAUAAAUGGUAAGCAGGAGUUUGGACGGAUCUCGAUCUCAGUUCAAAAGUUAGUUAUCUUCAGAUAUUCCGUCCAUACUUCGGAAACUUGUAAAUAAUUAGUUGUGAAUAUUCAGCAUUGAUUUUGAUUUGUUAUCCUUUAAGUGCAGGUAUAUCAAAUAUUUAUAAUAUAUGCAUUAACUCACUUUUGUAUUUAUGCAGUUUCAUUCGAGGAUUUUUUUUCAUCUACAUUAGCUGCAGCAGUGACAUCCUAUGUUAUGUAUCAUAUGUAUUUAUAUUUAAUCACUUAGUUAGUGCCAUCUGUAGAUAAAUUUAUUAUUGAAGAGAAUUGUGUUGAGUUGUUUAUUUGAAUUUUCAAAAAUUGGAAAUUUUUAUAUUUGAUUGGUACACAUCGAUCAUUUUAUUGAGAAAAUAAAAAUAUUUACAUAGCCAA